UUGUUAUGCAUUGAAUCUGGUUGCUAACACGUUGCCCAUGGUGCGAUGAAUGAUUGUUCAAUAAAUUCAAGCAAAGAGCUUAGUGUUAACCAACGCACGUGUUUCCAGUCGAAUGAGCCGCUUGAAAAAUGUAUACACAUCACGACCAGCUGACACCUUGGUUGCUUUGUGUGUUAUGUGUAUUAUAUAUAAUAUAUGUUUCCUCCUAUUCCCACUCUGCCAGCCCCACUCUUUCUCCACUUAACCGGCCACCUGGCUAUUAUGCUUCUUUUUUUUCAGUUUACAGUGGUAAUUCUUACUAGCACUUAUUUGAAUUGCUUUUGGCGAUGCAUUGUUACUAGUAGUACACUAUUAACAAGUUACGUGAGUUCAAUAAUUAUUUACUGGCAAAAAUACGGAAACAUUAACAGUGAAUACAGGUUACAAGUGUUGUUGAACAUGCGCUUUGUAAAAAUAGAUCAAUCAACUUACCAUUUAUUAUAAAAAUCUAAUUACUGCUAUGAAAUCAUUUCAAAUUUGGCGAUAGACAAUACUGUAAAAAAUGAAUGGUGCAGACGACAGUGCUAACUAAUUAAUGUUAUUAAAUAACUUAUAAUUGCUAACAGUUACAUAGAAUCCUUAAAAAAAUGUCUUCUAACAUUACUAUUGCAAAAACCCAAUUGCCCAACAUUCCUGGAACAAAACCUACAACAAGAAAUGCUCAACUUCUGAUUUCUUCAGGUAUUCCAUCUCUUGAUCAUUUUAUCGGAGGUGGUCUACCAAUAGGAUCAAUUCUCUUAAUAGAGGAAGAUACUUACUCUACUUACUCCAAAGUUAUGUAUAAAUAUUUUAUAGCCGAAGGAAUUGUAAAUAAUCAUUUGGUUUUUGUUGCUACUCAAGAAACAUUGCCAUCUGAAAUUGUAUCUGAAUUGCCAGCAGUCGAAGAAGAAUCUCAUACACUAAAAGAAAGUUCAAUUAAAGACGAGGAGAUGAAAAUUGCUUGGCGUUAUCAGAAUAUGAAAAUAUUUGAUUCUGGUCCAAAAGAUAGUUCUGUUUUUGGUCAUUACUAUGAUCUAACUAAGAGAAUGAGUGAAGAUACCUUAAACAAAGCUAAUGUAGAAUUGUGGGAUGGAGAGAAUGUUCAAUGCCAACACAGUAUUUUUGAAAAUACUGGUUAUAUGGACCUACUGUUGAGCAUAGAAAAAGCUAUCACAAGUGGACAAUUUCUAGUUUCACAAACUCCAGAGAAAAGAAAUAUUUUAAGGAUAGCCAUUCAGUCUUUAGGAUCUAGACUCUGGCUGAGCGAUUCAGAGGAUCAAACCCAAAAGGACUUAUUGAAAUUUUUAUACAUGUUGAGAGCUUUAUUGAGAGAAUCUUUUACAGUUGCCAUGAUCACAGUACCUACACUUAAUUUUGAUGAAAUGAGUGAUGUAGUACAAAGAGUAGAACAUUUGUCUGAUAUAGUUGUUGGUUUAGAGUCUUUUGCUGGAUCAUCAAAAGAAGCUAAUCCCAUUUUCAAGGACUAUCAUGGUCUUCUGCACGUAAAAAAGCUGCCUGCUUUUAAUACUCUAAUACACCAGGAUGUUCUUUAUUCUGAUUUAGCUUUCAAAUUACGAAGAAAAAAGUUUUUGAUAGAGGUACUUCACUUGCCACCAGAAUUCGGCGACAGCGCGCAGCGCGAGCAAGACGAACAAGUCGUCUGCAGUAGCGGUUCAAGCAAGCAUAAAUUAGACUUUUAAGCGCUACGCGCUAAUUAAGUCGAUGUGCGCGCAUCACGGCUCACGGGCAUCGCGCUCGUGGCCUAAUUAUCCUCGCGGGGCAUGCGAGGGGAGAGGAGAUAAGCUGGCUGGGCACGCGGCUUAACAGGCAUCGAUUAGAUUUUUACGCGUUAUUAUUCGCAGUUACAGGCUAUUGUGUAUUCUAUGAUAGCGCCGCUUGUUACGAGCGCAGCCGUCAAUUGUUGAGACGUGCCCGACGAAUUGUAUUGUAAGUUGAUUUGUAAUGGCGAAUAAACUGAUGAGUAUCA